ACCUAAUGAGGGCGGGAAGGCAACAGGUGGAUGGAGGAAGAGAAAGUAACAUACUCUAACAAAGACAAUCUGGAGGAGAAAGAAGGCAGCUCUUUUGACAGUGUAAAAGUGACUCAAUGUGUUUCUUAUUCUGUGUGGAAGAGAAGUGUUUACUACUGGCUGUUCAGUGCACUCUGUUGCCGUUGGAGAUGAACUGGGGCAACACCUGAGAGGAGGCUGGUCGGGAGCAGAAAGGGAAUGCUUUCUCUCUGGAGAAUUGAGCUGCUGUUAUCCUCACCUGGUGGAUGUACGGGGGGGAGAGAGGCCUGAUUGGAGGGAACAUUCUGGGCCUGACUGAAAGACCUGUGCUUCGUUCUCAGCUUUGAGGUGGUUAUAUGGCCAGAAGGAAAUCCUGUAUCAAACCUGAUCAACUAAAGAAUCUUCACGAUGCAAAAGCCAACUGGAGGAGUGGAGCAGCAGGACGAAUCCUUUGAUUUCCUGUUUAAGAUCAUCCUGAUUGGAGAUUCUAACGUGGGCAAGACCUGCGUGGUCCAGAGCUUCAAGUCGGGACAGUUCUCAGAGAGGCAACAGAACACCAUAGGAGUGGACUUCACCGUGCGGACAGUGGACAUCGAGGGCAAGAAAAUUAAGAUGCAGGUAUGGGACACGGCUGGACAGGAGCGUUUCCGGACCAUCACCCAGAGUUACUACCGCAGCGCCCACGGCGCCAUGAUCGCCUAUGACAUCACACGCCACGGAACCUUUGACUCUGUGUCCAAUUGGAUCAGGGAGGUGGAGCUGUACGGCGCGGCCAAUGUAGUGCUCUGUCUCAUUGGUAACAAGUCUGACCUGGAGUCUGAGCGUCAAGUGUUGUUCCAGGAGGCAUGCUGUAUGGCUGAGGAGAGAGGCAUCCUGGCAGCGCUAGAGACCUCAGCUAAGGAGGCCCAGAAUGUGGACGAUGCCUUCAUGAUGAUGGCCCGCGAGCUGCUGGCACGCAACGGCACCGCCGUCCGGCAACAGGCCCCUAGCAACAAUGACUCGCCCCGCGUCCUGCUCCGAGCCAACUCACGACCAAUCAACGGGCCAGCGGUGAUCACAGACAGGAAGACGUGUUGCUGACAUAGAGAGGAGGAAGGACAACAGAGGGAGUGUAAGAAUGGAUACCUGCGUGUGCCACUGUGUUACCUGGAAGAGGACAGAAUAAGGCAGGGAUCAUCAACUAGAUUCAGCCGCGGGACCAUUUUUUUCUGGAACGGAUGGUCGAGGGGCCGGGAACACAAUUACAAUUCAUUUGUAAACCACAAAUUGACCGCAAGAAGCCCAAACAGAUAUAGUUUGACGAAACAUAAUCAUUUCAAACCCUGUUCACAUUUGUUCACGUGUCUCUCCAUUAUGCGUGGGAAUACAUGGGAACAGAUUUCUUCCAUUCAAAUCACGUGGAGCUGAUUUCUUGGUGUUUCAACAAUCUUUAAUGUCCAACAUUAAAAAUUCCACAAAGAAAUAUAAAUAUAAAUAAAACCCACCCGCGGGCCGCCACGUGACUUUAGGUACUAUUGACCUAUGACCUAUGACCUAUGUGGUGUAGCGCAGUUUCUCAACCCCCUGACCCCCCCCCCCCCACAAGGUACGAGCAAUUUAAUUUAAAAAAUGCUAAGUAGCAUCUUACAGCUGAUCUUUGGCUCUUUUCCAUAUUCUGCUGAGAGAACAUGUAGCUGUUUUAGUUCUCAGGGAUACUUGAAAGACGGGACAAUCUCAACUUUUUCCCAUGAAUGUUGGUCUUAAUAUUAACAAAAUGUGAAAUAUAUAUUUUGAUCGACCAAAGUAUCAGCUAUCACACCAUGUAAAUGAAUAACUUCCUAAUGACAUUUUUAAUAAAUCAUCAAAUGCAACUAACUGGAUUUCUGUCAACUCUGUCAGACACCAUAAAAGGCAUUUUAAUUUACAAUUAUUAAGUGUUUAAAACAGCCUUGGAUUGUUUAACUCUAACAUUAGAUUAUUCAAAUAUGUAAUACAAAACUCCAAACUUCUUUUUGUUUAGUUUUCUGGAUUUAAGACCUGAAACA